AAAAAAAUUGAGAGUGAGGAAGAUGAGGAGGAGGAGAGGAAGAAAACUGGGGAGAAAAAGGGGGAAAUUGGGGAAAAAUCAGAAAAAUCUGGGAAAACCGGGGAGGAAAGGGACAAAAAUGAGGAAAAAAUGGGGGAAAAUGGGAAAAAAAGGAAGAAAAUUGAGAGUGAGGAAGAGGAGGAGGAAGAGGAAGAAGAGGAGAUGAAGAAAAUUGGGGCGAAAAAGGGAAAAAUUGGGGAAGAGUCAAAAAUGUCCGGGAAAAAGGGAGAAAAGGAGGAAAAAACGGGGAAGAAUUGGGGGAAAAAGGAGGAAAAUUGAGAGUGAGGAAGAGGAGGAGGAAGAUGAGGAGGGGGAGGAAGAUUCAGACUGGGAGAGUGGGGAAAAAAACGGAAAAAAAUGGGAAAAAGCAGCAAAAAGUGGCAAAAAACGGGGCCAAAAAAGGGGAAAAUGGAGAGUGAGGAAGAGGAGGAUGAGGAAGAGGAAGAUUCAGAUUGGGAAAAUGGGAGAAAAACGGGGAAAAAUGGGAAAAAAACAGGAAAAGCCAUGAAAAAUCCCCAAAAACGGCCAAAAAUGGGGCCAAAAAAGGGAAAAUUGAGAGUGAGGAGAGGAGGAGAAAGAUGAGGAAGAUUCAGACCAGGAAAAUGGGAGAAAAACGGGAAAAAAUGGAAAAAAACCUGAAAAAGUGGCCAAAAAUGGGGCCAAAAAGGGGGAAAAUGGAGAGUGAGGAAGAGGAGGAGGAAGAUGAGGAGGAAGAUGAGGAGGAGGAAGAUUCAGACUGGGAAAAUGGGAAAAAAACAGGGAGAAGUGGGAAAAAAACAGGAAAAGCCAUGAAAAAAUCCCCAAAAACGGCCAAAAAUGGGGCCAAAAAAGGGAAAACGGAGAGUGAGGAAGAGGAGGAGAAAGAUGAGGAAGAUUCAGACCAGGAAAAUGGGAGAAAAACGGGAAAAAAUGGAAAAAAAAACCUGAAAAAGUGGCCAAAAAUGGGGCCAAAAAGGGGAAAAUGGAGAGUGAGGAAGAGGAGGAGGAAGAUGAGGAGGAAGAUGAGGAGGAGGAAGAUUCAGACUGGGAAAAUGGGAAAAAAACAGGGAGAAGUGGGAAAAAAACAGGAAAAGCCAUGAAAAAAUCCCCAAAAACGGCCAAAAAUGGGGCCAAAAAAGGGAAAAUUGAGAGUGAGGAAGAGGAGGAGAAAGAUGAGGAAGAUUCAGACCAGGAAAAUGGGAGAAAAACAACGGGAAAAAAUGGAAAAAAACCUGAAAAAGUGGCCAAAAAUGGGGCCAAAAAGGGGAAAAUGGAGAGUGAGGAAGAGGAGGAGGAAGAUGAGGAGGAAGAUGAGGAGGAGGAAGAUUCAGACUGGGAAAAUGGGAAAAAAACAGGGAGAAGUGGGAAAAAAACAGGAAAAGCCAUGAAAAAAUCCCCAAAAAUGGGCAAAAAUGGGGCCAAAAAGGGGAAAAUGGAGAGUGAGGAAGAUGAGGAGGAAGAUGAGGAAGAUUCAGACUGGGAAAAUGGGAGAAAAACGGGAAAAAAAUGGGGAAAAACCUGAAAAAGUGGCCAAAAAUGGGGCCAAAAAGGGGAAAAUGGAGAGUGAGGAAGAGGAGGAGGAAGAUGAGGAGGAAGAUGAGGAGGAGGAAGAUUCAGACUGGGAAAAUGGGAAAAAAACAGGGAGAAGUGGGAAAAAAACAGGAAAAGCCAUGAAAAAAUCCCCAAAAAUGGGCAAAAAUGGGGCCAAAAAGGGGAAAAUGGAGAGUGAGGAAGAUGAGGAGGAAGAUGAGGAAGAUUCAGACUGGGAAAAUGGGAGAAAAACGGGAAAAAAUGGGAAAAAACCUGAAAAAACUGCCAAAAACGGGGCCAAAAAAGGGAAAAUGGAGAGUGAGGAAGAGGAGGAUGAGGAAGAUGAAGAGGAAGAUGAAGAGGAAGAUUCAGAUUGGGAAAAUGGGAGAAAAAGGGGAAAAAAUGGGAAAAAAACAGGAAAAGCCAUGAAAAAAUCCCCAAAAACGGCCAAAAAUGGGGCCAAAAAAGGGAAAACGGAGAGUGAGGAAGAGGAGGAGGAAGAUGAGGAAGAUUCAGACCGGGAAAAUGGGAGAAAAAGGGGAAAAAAUGGGAAAAAACCUGAAAAAACGGCCAAAAACGGGGCCAAAAAAGGGAAAACGGAGAGUGAGGAAGAGGAGGAGGAAGAUGAGGAGGAAGAUGAGGAGGAGGAAGAUUCAGACUGGGAAAAUGGGAGAAAAACGGGAAAAAAUAGGAAAAAAACAGGAAAAAAUGUGAAAAAAUCCCCCAAAACAGCCAAAAAUGGGGCCAAAAAGGGGAAAAUGGAGAGUGAGGAAGAGGAGGAGGAAGAGGAGGAGGAAGAUGAGGAGGAGGAAGAUUCAGACCGGGAAAAUGGGAGAAAAAGGGGGGGAAAUGGGAAAAAAGCAGGAAAAAAGGAGCAAAAAAUGACCAAAAAUGGGGUAAAAAAAGCAAAAAUGGAGAGUGAGGAUGAUGAGGAAGAGGAGGAAGAGGAAGAUGAAGAUUCAGAUGAAGAUUCAGACAGGAAAAAUGGGAGAAAACCAGGAAAAAAUGGGAAAAAAUCCCAAAAAAUGGACAAAAAUGGGGCGAAAAAAGCAAAAAUGGAGAGUGAGGAAGAGGAGGAUGAAGAUGAGGAGGAAGACGAGGAAGAGGAAGAUGAAGAGGAAGAUUCAGAUGGGAAAAAUGGGGAAAAAACGGGAAAAACCAUGAAAAAAUCCCCAAAAAUGGCCAAAAUUGGAGCAAAAAAAGCAAAAAUGGAGAGUGAGGAAGAGGCGGAUGAAGAUGAGGAGGAAGAUGAGGAAGAGGAAGAUGAAGAGGAAGAUUCAGAUGGGAAAAAUGGGAAAAAAAUGGGAAAAACCAUGAAAAAAUCCCCAAAAAUGGCCAAAAUUGGGGCAAAAAAAGCAAAAAUGGAGAGUGAGGAAGAGGAGGAUGAAGAUGAGGAGGAAGACGAGGAAGAGGAAGAUGAAGAGGAAGAUUCAGAUGGGAAAAAUGGGGAAAAAACGGGAAAAACCAUGAAAAAAUCCCCAAAAAUGGCCAAAAUUGGAGCAAAAAAAGCAAAAAUGGAGAGUGAGGAAGAGGCGGAUGAAGAUGAGGAGGAAGAUGAGGAAGAGGAAGAUGAAGAGGAAGAUUCAGAUGGGAAAAAUGGGAAAAAAACGGGAAAAACCAUGAAAAAAUCCCCAAAAAUGGCCAAAAUUGGAGCAAAAAAAGCAAAAAUGGAGAGUGAGGAAGAGGCGGAUGAAGAUGAGGAGGAAGAUGAGGAAGAGGAAGAUGAAGAGGAAGAUUCAGAUGGGAAAAAAUGGGAAAAAAACGGGAAAAACCAUGAGAAAAUCCCCAAAAAUGGCCAAAAUUGGGGCAAAAAAAGCAAAAAUGGAGAGUGAGGAAGAGGAGGAGGAAGAGGAUGAAGAUGAGGAGGAAGAAAAGCCCAAAAAAUCCUCGAAAAUCCCCAAAAAACCCCAAAAAAUUCCCGGGAGUUCCUCGGGCUCGGAUUCCGAGGAUUUGCCGCUGGCGAAAUGGGCGGAAAAAACGGAAAAAACGGGAAAAACGAGCGCGGGAGGAAGAGGAGGAGAGGAGGAGGAAGAGGAGGAGGAAGGACCGGGAGGAAGAGCAGGAGGAAGAGUGGUGGAGGCGCGGGAAGGACCCCCCGGAAGUGGCGCGGCUGAAGCGAUACCUCCGGGCCGCUGGGGGGCGCCCUAACUACAAGCAGCUCUUCCGGAAGUGCCGGAGCCGCCGCGAGG